GGCUCGCCCAGUCUAAGCUUGCAGGCGCUUGUGGCUGGGGGGGGGGGGGGGGGUCUCCGCUCCGAGGCCUGGCCCAGAGGUUGCCACCGGCCUUGCACGUUCUCCCGUGGGGCUUGGCGUUUAUCCCUCGCUUGGAGAGAGCGCCGCUGGGCUGAGCGGCAACCCCUGCACCCAGACGAUGGAGGCGGCGCUGGCAGUGGCCCGGCUGCCCCCGCACGACCCGAAGACCCCCGCACUGUCGGUGGUGGACAUGCACACAGGCGGAGAGCCCUUGCGCAUCGUGUACGCCGGGUGUCUGGAGGUAGCCGGGCCCACGUUGCUGGCCAAGCGGCGCUACAUGCGUCACCACCUCGACUACGUGCGGCGGCGGCUCGUAUUCGAGCCCCGCGGCCAUCGGGACAUGUACGGAGCGGUCCUGGUGCCCAGCGAGCUGCCCGAGGCGCACCUGGGAGUCUUGUUCCUGAACAACGAAGGCUACAGCUCCAUGUGCGGCCACGCGGUGCUGGCGCUAGGCCGCUUCGCGCUUGACUUCGGACUGGUGCCCGCUCCCCCUGAAGGCGCCCGGGAGACCCAGGUCAACAUCCACUGUCCGUGCGGGCUGGUGGCCGCCUUCGUGGCAUGUGAAGGUGGCGGCAGUUGCGGCCCUGUGCGCUUCCACAGCGUCCCAGCCUUCGUCCUAGCCUCAGACCUCACGGUGGAUGUUCCCGGACAUGGAAAGGUGGUGAUGGACAUUGCGUAUGGCGGGGCAUUUUAUGCAUUUGUUAGUGCAGAAAAAUUGGGACUUGAUGUGUCGUCUGCAAAGACGAGGGACCUUGUGGAGGCCGCAAGCACGGUGACAGAGGCCGUGAAAGCCCAGUUUAAAAUCAACCAUCCCGAGAGUGAAGACCUUGGUUUUCUGUAUGGCACUAUUUUAACAGACGGAAAAGAUGCCUACAGUGAGGAGCCCACCACCAACAUCUGUGUCUUUGCAGAUGAACAGGUCGACAGAAGCCCCACGGGCUCGGGAGUGACAGCCCGAAUUGCUCUGCAGUAUCAUAAGGGCCUUCUGCAACUGAACCAGACCAGAACCUUCAGAAGUAGUGCCACAGGCUCAGUGUUCACGGGGCGUGCUGUGAGGGUGAGUGUGACGCUGGCGGCUCAUGGGGAGACCAAAGAGGCGGGAGCUGGGCGCUGGGUAAGCUUCUUCACUGUACUCUCAGACAGGCACUUGAAAGCAGGCCUGGAAGAACUUCUGUCCAACAAUCAAUUCUCAGAGUGUAGUGCUGGCACCUCUGGUUUGACCCACUGAGCUUUCCAAGGGUCAGAACUAUGUUCAUCAUAACACUAAGACAUGGUUUGCUUUUCACUCACUCGCUACGUGAUGAGGGAUAGCCCAAACACAUGAAUGACUGAAUGCAGAAGCUGGUGAGAAUCCAGCUGUUUCUAUUGAGACAGACAACAGAGAGGCUUUCAAGAUUGUAAAGUGAUGCCAUUUUUCUCAUUUAAAACGUUUCAGCAGAUGGUUAUUUUUAUUUACAAAAAGUGUGAUACAUUACUGUGUAAUCAGUUUGUUUCCAAAUGAAACAAUGAACAAAUAUCUUUAGUUCCCAAUAAGUACUGAGAGAUAUGGCAUGCGUAAAGAAGAACUUCUGGAGGCCCUCAAGUAUUAGGUGUAAAGGGAUCUUGAGACCAAAAAAUCUGAGAAGUGCUAAUUAGAGUUCAGAGCCUUGGGGUUUUUUUGACUUGUUCUGUAAAAGUAUUGUAAUUAAAAGAGUUGUACUUAAAAGAUGUGAGUUGUGAAGAAGAGAAUUUGUGAAAUGGAUUCAAAUGCAAAUGUCCUAACAAUGAGUCCACUCAGUAGUGAAUGAAACCUCUUAUAGAGUGAUUAAUCUACAUUAGCGAAUGGAUAUACUCUAGAGAGCCUUUACAUAGGAAGCCGUCUACCUGGAUGUAGCUGUUUUUAAGUUGUUUUUUUUUUUUUUCUGAAUACCGAGUUAUCUUUAAGCUAGGGAUCCACAUAUCACACAGUGAUUUUAUAAUAUACCAAACCAUUUAUUCUGUAUGCAAUAAUGAGGAACACAAUGUCUUCAAAAUCUGAGACUGGAGAUAAGAUAAUAACCUUUAGGAUUUAUUAGGAACUUUAUUGUGUGCCAGUUUCCAAGCUAAGAACUUUAGGCAUGCUAUUUCAUUUGAACCUCACACAACUCUAGAUCAUCAUAGGCACAACAGCAGCAGCUAAAAACUCGCAUCUCCAGUGGCAAGCAGGAGGCAGAGGAGACUUACACCAGAGUGGUGUGAGUUGUUUAAGACCUCAAAGCCCCCCCCCCCAGACAUACUCAUUCAGACUUCCACAGUGGAAGAGCAAACACGAGGCCGUCGGUCCAACCUGCACUGCCAAAAUGGUAAAUAAUGAGCCGGGUAGCAGUGGUGGUGCACACCUUUAAUCCCAGCACUCGGGAGGCAGAGCCAGGCAGAUCUCUGGUCUACAAGAGCGAGAUCCAGGACAGGCACCAAAACUACACAGAGAAACCCUGUCUCGAAAAACCAAAAAAAAAAAAAAAAAAGAUAA